AUGACACGUGGAGUAGGAUAUGAUAACCCUUUCGGAGCACUUCAGACCAUUCUUUGGUUUAAUGGUGUGACACAGGGAAAUGGAUAUGAUAACUUUUCCAGAGCACUUCAGAUUAUCCUUGGGUUUGAUUGUAAGAAACGUGAAGUAGGAUAUGAUAAUUCUUCCGGAGCACUUCAGAUCAUCCUUGGGUUUGAUUGUGUAACACGUGGUGUAGGAUAUGAUUAUCCUUUCGGAGCACUUGAGAUCAUCCCUGGGUUUGAUUGUGUGACACAUGGAGUAAGAUAUGCUGACCCUUCCGGCGCACUUCAGAUCAUCCUACGGUUUGAUGGUGGGACACGUGGAAUAGGAUAUGAUAACUCUUCCGGAACAUUUAAGAUUAUCCUGACAUUAAUUUCUGAAAUAAUGGCACCUCUUUCUGAGGAGGAGGAGAACUAUGUUCGAUUAGCGUUGUUAUUGAAAGGAGUGACACCAAGAGUUGUCCGUACUUAUUUUGACAGAGAAUUUCCACCUACCUCUCUACCCUCAACACUUAGUACAAGCAAAAACACUCUUUGGGACUUGAAAUUAAACAGAGUCAUAAACCAGGCUCAAUGGAAUCUUUUGUAUCCGAGAAAUGGGGUUGUAGAUUCCAAAACAUUCGAUGUAACGUUGAUGAUCUGUUUAAUCAGAAACUUGACAUCUAUCAAUCCUCCAAUCAAUGGAUUUGACGCCCUACCACCACCAGGGGAAAAAACUCCUGCAUCUGAUCUAGCCAGGAUAAAAUGUUACAGAAAUAAACUAGCUCAUCAUGAUAAUAAUACAAUAAACAUGACUUAUUUUAAUGCAGCUUGGAGAGAUAUAUCAAAUGCUGUAAGUCGAUUGGGAGGUCAGACAAUGUAUCAAGAUUGUCAAGAUUUAAAGGUGAAAAUCUUAGAUCAGUCUAAUAAGGAAAUUAUAUUGGAAAUCAAACAAUCACUAAAAGAGAUAAAAGAGCUGAAACAAACAGUGGUAAAUUUGGGGAUGGAACACUCUCAAAUGACAGAAAGUCUUAUAGAUUUACAAACUUCACACAAUGAUCUUCAGACUUCCCAUAAUACUUUACAGACAGAACACUCAAUAGCUAUGAAUAGUUUGAACGAUCCAAUACCAUGGAACAUCAAAGAGCUGAUAAAAAAACAAUUAGAAGACUGGGAAAAGAAUGAUAAGAUGUUCGUGUCUACUAGAGCCAGUGAUUACGCCAAGGAAAGUUUACAGGAAAACAAUAUUUUGACCCUAACUGCCCCAUCAGGAGUUGGAAAAUCAUCGAUUGCAAGACACACAGCACUUCUUUUAAGGAACGAAGGAUACAAUAUUAUACCAGUGUAUACACCAACAGACAUAAGAACUUAUUAUCAACCUGGUAAACAGACAGUCUUCAUUGUAGAUGAUAUUUGUGGAAAUUUCACUGCCAACCAACAACAGAUUGAUAACUGGAAACAACUGUUACCAGUGAUUGAUACUAUUAUUGCAGAUAAAUAUUGUAAGAUUAUUGUCUCAUGUAAGUUACAAGUCUAUAAAGAUGAAAAGUUUAAUAUAUUAUCAAAUUUUAAAUCAAAUGAAUGCAACUUAAUAUCAGAUAAGUUAGGACUUACAUCUGUAGAGAAAACAAAGAUAGCAAAUACUUACAUUGGCACACGCAUGAAAGAUCUUCAUGACUUAUCACAAAAGUAUGAGUUUUUUCCACUAUUGUGUAGUUUAUAUCCUACAAUAAAAAAAGAUGUAGACGUAAAAGAAUUUUUCAAAACCCCUUUUACUAUCUAUAAAAAUGAGCUAGAUGAAUUAAGUGAACAUGGUAAUGAAGGGAAAUAUAGAAUAUGUAGCCUUGCUUUAUGUGUGCUUUCAAAUAAUCAUCUUGAAGAAAAAUGGUUCCAGGGUAAACUAACAAAGAGACAAAAACUGAUCAUACAAGACACAUAUAAUUCUUGUGGAUUAGACAGAGGUAUUUCAAAAGCUAAACUGCAACAUGCCCUUGACACCUUAGAUGGUACAUUUAUCUGUAAACAAAAUGGUAUUUAUAGAAUUCUACAUGAUAAACUAUUUGACUUCCUUGCUCAUUACUUUGGCCAGAAAAUGAUUGAAUGUCUGAUAGACCAUGGUAGUAGUGGUAUAGUACAUACACGUUUGAUUUGGCAGAAAUCACCAGAUGACGAGAACAGUAACAUAGACUUCAUUAUUGAAAUACCAGAUAAUGAUUUAGAAACAUAUCUAAAAAGGUGUAUAGAGGACUGGUCAUCAGGAAAUGUGACAGUUGUGUUUAUAAACAAUAAUAUGAAGAGAUCUUCAUUUCGACAACAGUUAUUGCAGUACAUACAACAACUAAAAAAAUCAGAACAAGUUACAUUAGCCAAUACCAGGGACACAGUGAUACCUAAGGAGAUUUGUGGAUCAGGUAAUACUCCACUAAUAAUUACUUGUUAUAAUAGUUAUACUGAUAUGGUACAGUGGAUGUUAUGCAAUGAAGUGGAUGUGGAUCAGUGUAGAGAUGAUGGGAUUACCGGACUGUUCAUGGCAAGUCAGAACGGAUAUCAUGAUAUAGUAAAAUUACUGUUGGAGAAUAAUUCUUAUGUUGACUUAUGUGACAAGAAUGGAUGUAGUCCUCUGUACAUAGCAAGUCAGAAUGGACAUACUGCUAUAGUAAAGUUACUGUUAGAGAAUAAUCCUAAUGUUGACCUAUGUGACAAGAAUGGCUGUAGUCCUCUGUACAGGGCAAUUCAGAGAGGACAUACUGAUAUAGUAAAGUUACUGUUAGAGAAUAAUCAUAAUGUUGAUCUAUGUAACAAGGAUGGCUGUAGUCCUCUGCACUUGGCAAGUCAAAAUGGACAUACUGCUAUAGUAAAUUUACUGUUAGAGAAGAAUCCUAAUGUGGAUUUAUGUGACAAGGAUGGUUUCACACCACUCAUUAAUUCCUGUGCAUGUUCCUACACCAGUAUAGUACAGCUAUUAAUAAAACAUAAACCAAAUAUUGAUGCCCAGACCUAUGAGGGAUGUAAUGCUUUAAUUUUCAGUGCACUGACUGGAAACCUAGAGAUAACACAGCUACUUGUAAAGAACAAUGCUGACUGUAAUGUGUGUAGCUGUAGUAAACAGUCUUUAAUAGAUACAAUUAAAGGCCAGUCAUCAAGAACAUUAGAAGAAGAAAAACAGGGUUGUUUUGAUUAUCUAAUAAAGGAAGCAUCCUCACAUGUAGCCGAUUAUAUAUGGAAGAAAACAGUAAACUACGUCUUCGAUAUGCAGGCUGGUUGUUCUCCAUUACACUUUGCCUGCUUUAUGGAUAGGCUUGAUGUGGUCCGUUGUCUUCUGGACCACAAUGCUAACAUCAACAUGACAAACGAAGACGAAACAACUCCAUUAUUUUUUGCAUGUGAAGUAGGACAUGAGGAUAUUGUAUGA